AUGUCUUCCGUCGCACAGGAUAAGAAUGCCCAGGACGAGCGCAAGCUCGAGGCCGGAGGGGUCGCAACCCCCGCGCCGAGCAGCGGCCCUCACCCUGCUCUCUACAUCGCACUGUGGAUUGCCAUGAGUUCCAGUGUUAUCCUCUUCAACAAGUGGGUUCUGGCAGCAGCCCAUUUCGACUUCCCCCUCUUCUUGACGACAUGGCACAUGGUGUUCGCGACCGGAAUGACCCAGCUCAUGGCCCGGUUCUCCACGACGCUCGACUCGCGCAAGAAGGUGCCCAUGGACACUGCUACCUACAUGCGCGCAAUUGUCCCCAUUGGCAUCAUGUUCAGCUUGAGUCUGAUUCUCGGCAACUUGGCCUACCUGUACCUGAGUGUUUCCUUCAUUCAGAUGCUCAAGGCCACCAACGCCGCCGCAACCUUGAUUGCCACUUGGGCCUUUGGCAUGGCUGCCCCUAACAUGAAGGUCCUCUUCAACGUUCUGAUCAUUGUCGUUGGUGUCGCCAUUGCGUCAUUCGGCGAGCUCAAGUUCGAGAUGUUCGGUUUCCUCGUCCAGAUUGCCGGUAUUGUGGCCGAGGCCAUGCGCCUCGUCAUGGUCCAGCGCCUUCUCAGCGGAUCCGAGUUCAAGAUGGACCCCCUGGUGUCUGUCUACUACUACGCCCCGGCCUGCGCUGUCAUCAACGGUGUCUUCACCCUGUUCGUUGAGGGCUCGCGCAUCACCAUGAACGACAUCUACACUCUCGGAAUCUUUACUCUGAUCGCCAACGCCUUCAUUGCAUUCUGCUUGAACGUUUCCGUUGUGCUCUUGAUCGGCAAGACCUCCGCUGUUGUCUUGACCAUGGCCGGUGUCUUGAAGGACAUCCUGCUCGUCGUUGCCUCCAUGGUUAUCUUCGGUGACCCGGUCACAGGCCAGCAGUACUUCGGAUACGGUAUCGCUCUUGCCGGACUUACAUACUACAAGCUGGGAGCCGAGAAGAUGAACGCCAUGUACACCGACGCCAAGCUCUACGUCGAAGAUGCUCGCCGCAACCAGCCUGGCAAGGUCAAGAUGGUCAUUCUCUGCGCCCUGCUCGGUUUCAUGACCAUUGUCGUUCUCGGCUGGUGGAGAAACACCCCUGGCGCGACCAUGCCCAUCCCGCAAGAGUAA